UCCAGUGCCGGGUCUGGCGGUUUGUUCGCUUCCCUCAUCAUGUCUCGGGUCCUCAAGUCGGUGGAUUACGAAGUGUUCGGCCGGGUGCAGGGUGUAUGUUUCAGAAUGGUAAGACAACAUGAAGUACAUCAAUCUUUCACCGCUGCUGUAUCAUAUUUCUAAGAAUAAAAAUAAGCCCUAUGGCCUGUACAGAGACCCCAAGAGUCUGUAAUGCCAAGUUUUCAAAGCUAAUCUGAACAGUUAAGUAUUAUGUGUCUGUGGUAUGUGUUUUAACGGAGAUCCUUUUUAUAAAAUGCAGUAGAACCCUGAUUUUAUGAAAACUAGUUGUAUGAACAAUACAUUUAUGAGCCAUCUUACUCAACCAGAUGAGGAAAAAGCACCACGGUACGUGUGCAUGAACUUUAACUUUGUGCAAAGGUCUCAUAGACUUAAGAGUUUUUGCCCCUUGAUCUCCCCGUGGCCCAUACUCCCAAACGUACAGCAUGGAAAGAUUAUGUAUGAGCAACACGCCGUUUUUCACAGUGACCAAGAAACGCAAGCGAACAGUGCUCACUUUCCAAAGCAAAAUAGAGAUUGUGGAAAGGUUGGAGAAAGGCGAAACGGCAACAGUGUUGGCAGAGGAGUUCGGAAUUGGGAAGUCCACAAUUUCACAACUCAAGAAAAACAAAGAUACACUCCUGCAUUUUGUCUCAAUGAUGGGCAGCGAAAAUGGCAAAAAGAAGCGGAAGACGAUGAAAUGUGCAAAGAACUCGACGUUGGAAGAUGCUCUCUAUGCUUGGUUUUCCCACAUGAAAAAUAUUGGCGAGCCAGUCUCAGGCCCACUUCUAUGUGAAAAGGCCUUGGAAAUGAACAGGAAAUUGAACGGCAACCCUGAUUUCAAGGCUAGCUCAGGAUGGCUGGCGCGGUUCAAGUCUCGCCAUGGGAUUCACCACCUUGGUAUUCAUCAUGAGAAGCUUUCUGCUGAUCAGCCAGCUGCUCAGUGCCUCAAAAAAGAAUUUACAGAUUUCAAAACAGAGGAGGACUCUGACGCCGAGAGCAUUUACAACACCGUUGUCGUUCCUGGACCCUCACAUUCGGAAGCUUACAACGCAUUAGAAAUAGCUCUGCAGUGGCUGGAAGAUCAAGAAGAAAGCGAUGUGGUACAGCUCCUGUUUUUGAAAAGCCUGAGAGAUUUGGCUGCAAAGAAGAUAGCGAAUUCUCUGAAACAAAAAUAAGAUCAGAACUUUUGGCAGCAAGAAAAGACAAUAAUAAAAAACUUGAUUCUUGACAUAGUCCAAUGAUAGAUCUGUUGCUGUUGAUAAUGCACUGUAUGACUGAAAAAUAAAUCAAUAAGCAUUUCA